UUUGUUAAUAAAUAAAUUUGCUAUCAGCAUUAUUUUACUGUCUUACUGACACACCUUCCAAUGAAAAAUGCAAGCACAAGACAUGGCUAAUGUCAUGUCAAUGUUCUUUUUCUUCUGUGCGGUUUAUUGUCAGUUGGCAAACCAACUUAAUAGUACUUUAGCGCCACCAACUGAUAUUUUCCUUCCACUGCAAAUAAACCAUUAUGACUUGACGGUGACCUCAUGGGUUGAAGUUUGCUGCCGCUGCCCAGUGGUCGGGGUUUGAAUACUUUUGCAGAAAUGACAAAAUGUAAACAAGAUUAGGGUCACUCGUCUUCCUAGAUAGGAUGAGACCUCUAGAAAAUGGAUGGAUGUAUCAUUAUUGGAUUUUUGUAAUUUCCAACUGUGUAGACCUACACUACAGCAUCAUGAUUCUAAUGGUUACCCACUUAAUUUGGAAAAUGAAAGGUUAUGGUUAUGUGUAUGAACCACGUUUCUCUUGUAAAGGUAAUUUCAUGGUGUAUUUGGCCACAGUUGCCACAGCCAGAUGAGCGUUUCCUGAGCUCGCUGCACUCUGUCCGCAUUCUAUUGGUGGAAAGGAGCCAUGGAUGCUUGCGCGCGACAUAUGAUUGGCUAAGAAAGCUGUCACUCGCUGUCCUGAUUGGCCACCACUCGCAGGCCAGCUCACCGAUUGGUGCACGCGUCUUCCCGUGGCUGCCUUGAACGGCUUUUGGUUCUGAUGCUGCGCGUCAUCGAAUUCUCAGCAUCAUCUGGACCGAGUGGACAGUAAAACACGCGUGGCAAAGUGACUCUAAACCGGCGGGAAAGCAGGAAGGAGUCCGCGGCUGCUGCUCAACGAAGGAUUGGCAGCGAUGGGCACGUUCAGCCGCCGCCAGUUCUUCCAAGAGCUCACUCACGGCUGUCUGCUACCGACAGCCCACCAGGGCCUGGAGCAGGUGUGGCAGCUGCUGGUAAUAUGCCUGCUGUGUCGCUUCCUCUGGAUGUUGAGCUUCCCCUCCGUUUUGAAGCAUCUGGCCACAGUGGCAGGAGGAUUCUACAUCCUCUACCUGUUCUUUGAACUGCACAUGAUCUGGGUGGUCCUCCUGAGUCUGCUUUGCUACCUUUUCCUCUUCCUGUGUCGCCACUCGACCAUGCGAGGCACUUUUCUCUCUAUAACUGUGCUCAUCUAUCUGAUGCUGGGAGAACUGCACAUGAUGGACAGCACCAACUGGCACAAGAUGAGAGGUUCACAGAUGGUGGUGGCCAUGAAAGCCAUCUCUCUGGCCUUCGAUCUGGACAGAGGCGUCGUGACCGGCGUACCCUCUCCCAUCGAAUUCAUGGGUUACAUUUAUUACGUGGGAACAGUCAUCUUCGGACCGUGGAUCAGUUUCAAUAGCUACAAAGAGGCUUUAGACGGACGGAAGAUGAGCCUGUCUUGGUUGUUCAAAGUGUCUUUAAGCUGGGUUAAGAGUCAGGUCUGCCUGGUUCUCUCCAACUGUGUGGCACCUUACCUCUUCCCCUAUUUCAUUCCUGUCUAUGGAGACAAGCUGCUAAGGAGCAAAAAGAGAAGGAAAAUCAGAGGUUCACUGGCAACGUGGUUGUUGGCUUAUGAGAACACGGUGUCUUUCCACUUUAGCAACUAUUUUGUUGCUUAUUUGAGCGAGACCACAACCAUUCUGGCCGGAGCCGGCUUCACAGAGGAGAAAGACAACAUCAAAUGGGAUCUGACGGUGUCCAAGCCGCUGAACAUCGAGUUUCCUCGCUCGAUGGUGGAGGUGGUCACCUCGUGGAAUCUGCCUAUGUCACGCUUUCUGCACACCUAUGUAUUUCAGAGUGCUCUCAAAUUUGGGACUUUCUCUGCCGUCAUGCUGACAUACGCAGCCAGUGCCCUUCUGCACGGUUUGAGUUUCCAUCUGGGUGCCGUGCUCGUGUCUCUUGGCUUCAUCACCUACACUGAGCACGUGCUGCGGAAGAGACUGGCAGCCAUGUUCAAUGCCUGUGUUCUGUCCAAGAAAUGUCCGCCAAACUGCACCCACCAGAACAAAAAGGCGCUUUGGGUGUACAUGAUCAAUGUAGCAUUCAGCACCCUGGCAAUAGUCCAUCUGACGUACCUGGGUUCAGUGUUCAAUUCCAGCGUGGACUACAUGGAAGAAGAUGAGGAUGACACAAGCCAUCAUACCAUUCAGAAGUGGUCAGAGCUGAGCUGGACAAGUCACUGGAUCACAUUUGGAUGCUGGAUCGUAUACCGCCUCGUUCUCUAGAUUGGAGAAAGGGCAAAAGAAGCAGCAAUAAUGAGGGUUCUCUUCCCUGUGACUGUCAGAGAAGCAGUCGAUCGCCAGGUUGGCCUCGUUUGGCGUCUGCUUCAUAUGUGUCAGCCCUACCUGCUGAGGACUCCUUUUGAUAUCCUCACCGCUCUCCUUCCUCCUUUUCUAUGGACGCCAUCCUCCUUUUUUUCUGCUCGCUCAUGUUGUGACAGCAGUUACUGAUGUCUCCCUGCGAGUCACAAUCAAUACCGAUCAGCGUGGCGGAGAUGGCUUAAGCUGUUAUCUCUGCGGCAGAUGCGCUUUCCCCUCACCUCAAGUGGUUCCUCAACAUAUGUUCUUGAAAUGAGGAUGACCAUCAGUGGAUAUUGCACAAUGUCCUUAUCUUCAAUAGUUCCCAGUAAAGAACACUAAGCCUAUUUGCAAACAUAUUUUUAAACCGUCACUCUAUUGCCGAGCAUGUGCCAGACGGUGAGUUUACAAAAGGACAAACAAAGCACAUAAUAAUGUUCAAACAUUUAUUUUAUCCAUCCUAUAUUUUAUGUU